CUUGUGUUUCCCGUCUAGCUCUGCCACUGCCUUGACCUAUGCUUGCUGCUCCGACGGCCGCCGCCGCCACAGCCGCAGCUUGAGCUAUCGUCCCCCCUGUAACGGCACCUGCCGUGCCUCCUGCCGCAGCUGUUGGUCGAAUUUCAGCACAGGGACUAGAACUUGCAGUGCCGCCUCGUCCUCGUCUUUGUUCCCCUUGUAACGCCGCCGCCCCAGCCGCUAGUAGCGGUGACGGUGGUCGAGGAACAGGUGCGGUAGAUGGUGGUGGGCUUGCUGACGUCACUUCUGCUGUUGCCGCUUGUAUUGCUGUUGCCGCUGCUGGUGAUGUUGCUGUUGGUGCUUGUGGCAUUCCUGCAGUUACUGUUGCAGCUGGUUCUACUGUCCCUCCUGCUUCCGGCCCCUCUGUUGCUGCAACUACCUCUGAUGCCGCUGCUCCUACGGGACGUUCUCUACGAGCUUUCCCCUUGCAUUUCCCCUUAGAAGACGGCGACUGGGUUGAAGCGGUUGAGGAGUUAUUUGAUGCCCCACGAACGACGUGUACUGCCUGGCUCGUACUGCCUCUUCCGACGUCAGAUAUCGUCGUCGGUGUACUCCUCUCACCCGCACUUUCCUCGUCGUUGCCCAUGUUGUCUUCGUUCGUAGCACCUUCGCAACUGACUCGCUGACGCUUCCGUGUUGUUGUGUCUGCCCAUCCCGUGACCGUACGGAAAGCUGCUGCCUGCCGUGAUCGCUUUUCCUCGUCGCUCUUUUCUCUGCGUUUGAUUUCGUCCCCGGCAUUUUUGCUCCAGCCGCAAGCCGCAGGCGUUGAUCCUUUCCUGCGACCCAUGGUUCAUCCUCUGUGGUGCUGUGCGUGUGCUGUGGGUUGUACGUGUGUGUGCUGCGGUGAGAGAGCUGUGUCCUUUCUCUUUGCG